UUGGAACUGCCGCGGCCCGGGGGCCCCAUCCGGGAGGACAGGUUCUUCUGCCCCCAGUGCCGGGCGCUGCAGCCACUGACCCCACCAGAGACCACUUCAGCCUCAUGGACUGCAAACGUUCCUUCAAUGUGGAUACCGCAAAGCUCCAGCAUCGGUUCCAGCAACUACAGCGUCUUGUCCACCCAGACUUUCGACCCUGGUGAAUGACGCCUACAAGACCCUUCUGGCCCCGCUGAGCAGGGACUGUACCUUCUAAAGCUCCAUGGAAUAGAGAUUCCCGAAGGAACAGAUUAUAAAAUGGACAAUCAAUUCCUCAUGGAAAUAAUGGAUAUCAAUGAAAAACUCGCAGAAGCUGAAAGUGAAGCUGCCAUUAACGAGUUUGAAUCUGUUGUCAGAGCUAAACAGAAAGAACUGACUGACAAUUUGAGCAGAGCUUUUGAACAAGAUGAUUUUGAAAAAGCCAAGGAAAUUUUAACAAAGAUGAGAUACUUUUCAAAUAUAGAAGAAAAGAUCAAGUUAAAGAUGGUUCCCCUCUAAUUGUUGCUGAUUUUUUUAAAAUAAAGUUCUUAUUUAUUUCUAAAAAAA